AUGGCCGUUCCCUUCACCUACCACGCCAAGGCGCAAUCUACAUUCAAGCCGCCGCUUAUCGCCAACGAUAACGCCUUUCUAGGCGAUGUGCAAACGAGUGAACAAGAGAACCCCGACAAGCCCAUGUCAUGUGGCUUUUAUCGACUCGAAAAAGGCACCCCCCUCGUUUACACCUACACGUACGACGAAAUGAAAAUCAUCGUGGAGGGGAAAUUUGAGAUUGCCGACGAGACGGGCCAGAAAGUCACGGCAACUCCGGGCGACGUAUUUUAUUUUCCCAAGGGGGCGACCAUUUCUUUUACGACGGAGGACUAUGGACUGGCGUUUUAUGUGGGUACCCCCGGGCUGAAUGUGAACGCGACUAACGAAGACCAGACCGGACAGCGGAAGCAGGGCGCUGCGUGA